AUGCCGGCGGCGCUCCCCCCCCACCGCGCCUGCGGCCCCAAUCGGCCUCGAUGCAUCCAAUCCCCCCCUCAAACGCACGCGAUGUGGAUCAAGAUUGCGACGAUGGCCGUGUCGAGGCACAGGGGGCCGACGCUGGCGCGGAGGGCGCGAUCGGGCAGGCGCGUCUCUCGGCGUUUGGCGGUGCGAUCGGUCGCCGCUCCCACUCGGGAGGGAAUGGAGUCGGGGCAAGGAGACGUGGCUGGGGAGAGGUUCGUGUGGGCGAGGCACUGGUACCCGGUCGCGCCGCUGACGUGGCUGGAGGAGGCGCAGGGGGAUGGUUUCGAGUCCGGGCUGCCGGAGGUGCAGAGGAUGGCGAUCCUGGGGAGGGACAUCGUGGUGUGGAAAGACGGGGAGGGGGCGUGGCGGGCGGUGGAGGACAGGUGCCCGCACAGGCUGGCGGCCCUGUCCCUGGGAAGUGUGCAGGAGGACGGCACGCUAGCGUGUCGGUACCACGGGUGGUGUUUCAACGGCAAAGGGGAGUGCACCCACAUUCCCCAAGCCACAGAUGCAACUUCGGAAGCCACGGCAUGUUCAAGUGUCCGCUCCAAAGUCCAAGCCUUUCCGACCUUGACUGCUCAUGGGCUCUUGUGGGUGUGGCCGGAUGACAGUGCAUCGGCCUGGAUAGAUUCGGCAGUGGAGCCGCCGCUCGUUGGUCCAAAUAUUGACAAGCUCAACAUCAAGAGUAUGUAUGAGCUGCCUUCAACCUACACGUCGUAUCUGGAGAAUUCGCUGGACCCCAGCCACGUGAAUUUUCUGCACGAUGGACUUGGCAACUAUUCGCCAACCAACGCAAUGCCCAUUGCUGAUUUUGAGGUGAAAGGAGACAUAACUGCAAACGGCGGUUUUACGUUAAGGCACAGUGCGUAUGCCAAGUCCAACGAUGGAAUGCAAGCAACACGAAGGUUUAGGCCACCAUGCCUCAACAGUGGGGAAUAUGACCUUCCGAACAAGAGCAAAAUGCUGUUUGAGUUAUAUUUCGUUCCCACACGUCCGGGCUUUGUUCGAGUAAUGGGCGAUAUCAAUUUCGUCCCGGGCUCGUCGACUUUGCCACCACGUAGGAGCAUCAUUGGCAUGGCGGCGUUGCUGUGGACUUCACUUUCCCGCCUCCCGUUGCGUUUCAUGGAGAUGCUGGUGCCAGACUUCGUUGUAGCGAGCCUGGGCAGCAUCCGUAGUGGCUUGUUUUUUCAAGAUGCAAUUGCAAAUCGUUCAAUUGAUGUUGCGUUUUCAAGGUCUGGAAAGACAUGGCAGCAACUGUACUUCUUGCCUACCCCUUCGGACGUGGGCGUCUCAGCCUUCCGCCAGUGGAUCAACCGCUUCUCAGAUGGUCAGCCGGAUUGGUUCUGUGGAGGGUCUGACCAGGAAGCAACUGCCAAGGUGCCAGAGUCGGAUUUGUACGACAGGUGGAACGGUUACGGCAAGUAUUCCCCCAGCAUCCGAAAAUCUCUCAAGUUCUUCGGCAACAUGGAAUCCACCCUGUCUGCAGCGGCCAUUGGGCUUCUUGGACUGGCGGCGAUUGUAGCUGCGAGGGCUGCCAAUCUCAACAUCGCAGUGGCGGGAGCAGCAGUCGCUGGGGCUUGCCUUCUGGCCCGCUUUGAGGUGCAGAAACUCCGAAAUCGCCUGCUGACUGGAAUCCCCUCCUGUGGCAUGCCUGAAGUCCCUCUCAAAUGGCCAUCGACCGCAGGGGCCCCAACAGCUGAGGCUGGGUUGCACAUUGGCUAA